CCAUUCGUCUUAAUAUUCAUAGAAACCCAACAGCACAGUGCAUGCAGAGUGUUCUAGAGUUUCGAUUUUUUUAUCCGAAAUAUGAAGUCAAUUUUAUUUUUUACCUUUCUUGCCUUCCACUUCAAUGACAUAUCAGGGCAUGGUAUGAUGCUGGAGCCUCCGAACAGAAGUUCUUUGUGGAGAUAUAAUUCUUUAGCCCCGACCAAUAUGAAUGACAAUGAAAAUUUCUGUGGAGGAUUUGCCUUGUGUCAGUUGGAAGACCCAAAUGCCCCCGAAUCUGGAGAAGAAUGUUUCCAAGAUCUGCUUCUAGAAAAUGGAUCGUCCAAACAUAUGAUAUCCAGAGAUGAUUAUUACGUUUACAACAGAGUGCAACUUCCCAAUAUCAAAUGUGAGAGAUGCGUCCUCAGAUGGACCUAUAGAUGUGGAAAUAACUGGGGCUUCUGCGAGGAUGGAACUGGUCGUCUAGGAUGCGGUCCCCAGGAACACUUCAGGUCCUGUUCAGACAUUACCAUCGUCUAGUCAUCAGGAGCCUCCAAAACAAUGUCAAUUUUAGUGAAUAAUCGAAAGUUACAUUACUCUAAAAACUCAUCGUUUGAAUAAAAUAAUGAAAGCGUAUGAAUUGUAUCAAAGUGAUCCUAAUAAAUUUGUUGUAGAUCGUC